AAAACUUCAUGGGGUAGGCAAAGAAUUAGUAUAAAAAAUUCGAUUUCACCUGAAUAUGUAUGCUCCAUAGAAGACUUCCCUUCAAAUUUCCACAUUCUGCCAUUGUUUCCAUGAUGAAACCUUUCCUUUCCCACAUACCACUGAUUAACAAGGACUCAACUUUCUAGAGCUUUCUUACUGAAGAGCCAAAAAGGGCAGUGGCCUCCGAUGACUGGCUUGUCUCACACUUGAUUCUUGUGGGGAUCAACUGAUGGCAGAAAUGGAACAAGCAAACGAAAAAACAGGGGUGGUAAUAGGAGAGGCUGCUGGUGCUGGCUCUCUUUUGUUGCAGAAAUUGAAGGGAUACCUUGAAAGUAAAUGUUGUGCUCGAAAGUGCGAAAGCGAUUCGAGGCGUUCAAGGAUGAAACCCAACAUCUGAUCACUCAAUUUGCAGAAGUAGAAAGAAACCAUGGUAGUCGGUUUGAUGAUCAAACUACUGAAACCGAUGGAAGUUUGCAAGAAGAUACAUGGAUGGGGAGUUCAAAGGAGGUUAUCUGCAAUAUUGAGGAUGAAGUUGAUCAGAUCAUGACCAUACAGUUCUCCACCAACAUCAACACUAACAAUAAGCUUUUCCGGAUGCUGCCUUCUUCGGGACUCGCCAAUUGUCGCAGUAUUAAGAAGCAUUUGACAGCCAUUCAGAAAUUGCAGAAGGAUCUGACAAGUAUUGCCAAUGGUGGUAGAAAAUUUGGCCAUCAUGUGUCGCAGACAGUACACUCGCCAGCAGCUCUGGUGACCGGGGCUGAUAAUAACGGCAGGCGUGACAUUGAGGAGAGGCUGUUACAAUUCCUCACGAACGCGGAGACAUCUGAGAUAGUGCUUGUUACAGGAAUGACAGGUGUAGGGAAAACCUUCCUCGUCCAAAGGGCAUUCAAUCAGGUGACACGACGUCAUUUUGAACCUUUUUGGCUCUCUUAUGAUCCUUCCCUGGAGAAGAAAGACAAUUUGGCCAAUCUUUACGAGAAGAUCAUUAUGAAAAGAUGCACUUAUGUAGAACUUCCAAUUUACGUGCGGGAACAUAUGGAACUAAAAAAGUUGGAGUGGCAUGCGCAACAAAAAUUAGGUUUUUCAGGAAGCUUCAGGCUCGUUGUAGAUGAUGUUCCAGAAGUUCAAGAAGCGUGGGAUUUCCUUACCAGUGCUUUGCCUCAAAGUACUGGAAGGGUAAUUUUCAUCACUCAGAACAUUGAAUCCGCGAAAGCGUUCAAAUGCGACAUCCCUCACACUUGCAUUGAGAUUGAGAAACUAAAACAUGAGGAUGCUUGGCGUUUGUUCAGUGAGACUGCAUCCCAACACCUGGAGUACAACGAUCCUUGGCGAUGUCCCGAGUCUCUCAAAAAGGUUGCCGAAGCCACUGUGAGAGAUUGUCAUGGUCUGCCCCUUCCCAUUGUCACAGUGGCCACUCAACUUGCAAAUCGGGGGAUGGACCCUUCUGUAUGGUAUACGCUGCGUGGGAUUCUAAUGAAGAAACCUCUCCUUCCUAAGGCAACCAAUGAAACUCAAACCUAUCCUUCUGAUCAUAGCAUCAGCAAUGAUGCUGCUCUGAUGCUCUGUUAUAAUGCACUGUGUUUUCCACUAAAAUAUAUAUUGUUCUACUGCUGCUUUUAUUUGAGGGGUCGUGAAAUACCAGAGAAGAAGUUAAUACGGUUGUGUGUGGCUGAAGGCUUAGUGGAGGACACAGAAAACACGUCCGCAGAAUAA